AAAGAAAUUAUUGAAACGUCUAUCGGAUCUGUCGCCUGUCGGCAACGAUACCGUUAUAUUAUGGCUGAAUCUAAUAACCUCAAUUUGAUGAUCGGUUUUGAUCAAUCCUACGUGUCAUUCAUCCUCAAUGAUUUAUCAACAAAAAUUUUAAUAUUUCGUACAUCGGAAAUAUCAUUCAGUUGAUGACGUGGGCCAAUGCUUAUAUUAUUUGUAGGUAUAACUCUGUAAUUAAUAUACUGACUUGACGAUUUUUUUAAUUUCUUGCAACAAUAACUGCAAGAAAGAGAGUAAAGAUUCAUUGUACGGAUCGCACAUUUUUAUUAAUAACAAAUUGAUGUGAUGGAAGUUCGUCGGAGGCGAACGAAGACAUUAGAUAAUAAACAAUCACAAGCAGAAAGUGUCAAGUCAGAUUCUGAAUACAGUUCUACGAAUUAUUCCAAAGAUGUGGAGCAAGACAAGAAAUAUAAAGAAAUUAGUACAGAUACGAUUGAGAAAUUUCAAACGGCUACGGAAUCAGUAAACGCAGCACCGAGGACUCGAAUUAAAAUAAAUGUCGAAAUUGACUUGAUUUCAGUUAUUUUAUUAAUGACUGGAAUUGUUACUCGACUUUAUCGUUUGGAAGAACCCCGAAGUAUUGUGUUUGAUGAAUUGCAUUAUGGAAAAUAUGUUGGGCUGUAUAUGAAAAGAACUUUCUUUUUUGAUUCACAUCCUCCUUUGGGCAAACAACUUAUUUCCGCUGUGGCGUAUUUAGCUGGAUUCGAUGGUCAAUUUAAAUUCGAUAGAAUAGGAAGUUCUUACUCGGAUUCCGUUCCUUUGUUCGCAUUACGAUUAGUGCCAGCAAUAUGCGGGAGCCUUUUAGUCCCAACGGGGUACCAUCUAAUUUUAGAAUUAGGUCUGAAACAAUGGACUGCCGCUCUAGCGGGAAUUUUAUUAUUAUUUGAUAAUGCCUUAUUGACCCAAUCUAGAUUUAUCUUGAUGGAAAGCAUUCUCAUGCAAUUUUCAUUAUUUGGAUUGAUAUGCAUUUUGAAAUUUAGGAAAGUAAUGGAUCAACCAACAACUUUGUCCUGGUGGAUAUGGUUGAUUCUUGGCAUUGUAAAUUUAACAUGUGCAUUAUGUGUUAAAUAUGUUGGAUUAUAUUCGUUGAUCCUCGCAUUAUCUUUAAUUGCCUAUGAUUAUUGGAAUUUAAUACCACGGAAAACUUUGUCAAAGACAGCAUUAUGGAUUCAUCUCAUCAUGAGAACCUUUGCAAUAUCAAUAGUUUUUUGUACUGUUUACUUGACUAUUUUUUAUAUACAUUUAAUGACGCUUUCCAAAGCGGGGCCACAUGAUUCAAUAAUGACGAGUGCUUUCCAAGCAAGUUUGGACGGCGGCCUUGCUAGUAUUACGAAAGGUCAACCCGUAGAAGUUACUCAUGGAUCCCAGAUCACUUUGAGACAUACGUAUGGAAGAGCUUGUUGGCUUCACAGUCAUAAUCAUAUGUAUCCGUUAAGGUACCCAGACGGAAGAGGCAGUUCUCAUCAACAACAAGUUACAUGUUAUUCAUUUAAAGAUGUAAAUAACUGGUGGAUUGUGAAAAAACCAGACAGAAAUGAUCUAGUUGUUGCUAAACCUAUUGAACCCAUAAAACAUGGAGAUAUAAUACAAUUAGUGCACGGUAUUACAAGUCGGGCAUUAAAUUCACACGAUGUUGCUGCCCCAAUGACACCUCAAAGUCAAGAGGUGUCUUGUUACAUUGAUUACAAUGUCUCGAUGCCUGCUCAGAACCUUUGGAGAGUGGAAAUUACUAAUAAGGACAGCGUGGGUGAUACGUGGCAUGCAAUACAAAGUCAGAUACGUUUAAUACACGUAAAUACAGAUUAUGCAUUAAAAUUUAGUGGAAGACAGUUACCUGAUUGGGGAUUUAAUCAGCACGAGGUAGUAGCAGAUAGAUUAGUAGAUCAAACAGACUCCAUAUGGAAUGUUGAAGAACAUAGAUAUACUAAAAGUGAAGACCAGAAACAAAGAGAAAGGGAGUUGAUUAAUGCUGAAAUGAUACCAUUACAAGCUACCACUUUAAGUUUCUGGGAGAAAUUUCAAGAACUGCAAAUAAAAAUGCUUUUCAGUGGUCAAGAAGGACAAAAUAGUCAUAUGUAUUCGAGCGACCCUUUAGACUGGCCGUUAAUGUCUAGAGGUAUCGCAUAUUGGGUUUCUAAUGAUAGUAAUGCACAAGUACACCUUUUAGGGAAUAUACUAAUUUGGUAUUCUGGAACUGUUUGUCUUAUUAUAUAUUCGUCACUUUUAAUAUUUUACAUAUUAAGACGAAGACGAAUGUGUUUUGAUAUUUCACAUGAAGAAUGGCACAAAUUUUCUAACAUUGGCAGCACUUUAUUAGUUGGCUAUCUUUUACAUUUCUUACCUUUUAUAUUUGUUGGAAGAACCCUGUUUCUUCAUCAUUAUUUGCCAGCAUUCAUUUUUAAAGUAUUACUUACAGCAGCAACGAUAGAGCAUUUAUAUUAUCUCAUUGGAACUCGAUGUCGACGAAGUCUUUUUAUAUGUAUGUUAAAAAUUGGUACUAUUGUAUGGAUAAUUUUUAUUAUUUAUAUAUUUAAAAAGUUUGCUGUACUUAGUUACGGUACAACUCAUCUAACUGCCAAGGAAGUUUUAAAGUUAAGAUGGAAGGAUACGUGGGAUUUUAUCAUACAUAAAACAUAACAGGUGAUCACAAAUAUAAAACUGUUUUGAUACGUUUUUAUAAAAUUUUUAUAAAAUUGCUAUUAUUACUUCUAUUAAAAGUUAUUAAAGUAUAUCAUUCACAUCGUGAAGUGAUAUUAUGAUAUGCAAAGUUUAAUGAUUGUUGUCAAAGACUUCAGAUGAAGGAUACAAACAUAAUGAAUGUAGAUCUGUUAGAUUUUUACUUUUAUAUAUAAUGUAUAAUUAUAGACUGAUAACAUUUUAUAAGCUUUUUAUACACAUGUACUUAAAGAACAAACACA